AUGUGGGUUUUCUACCUGAUCUCGCUGCCCCUGACCUUGGGGAUGGUCCUGAUCACGCUCCGCUACUUCGCCGGCCCGGAGGUCCCUCGCUACGUCGCCCUCACCGUCGGAUACACCUGGUUCUGCUCUCUCUCCAUCAUCGUCAUUGUCCCCGCCGACAUCUGGACGACGAUAAAUCAUGUCGAGAGUAGAGGAAUUUCUUUCUUUUGGGGCUGGUCCUAUUGGAGUACAUUUCUACUAACUUGGACUGUGGUGCCCCUUAUUCAGGGCUUUGAAGAUGCUGGAGACUUCACCAUGACUGAGAGAUUGAAGACUAGUGUACAUGUUAACUUAGUCUUUUAUCUGAUUCUCGGAGCUAUUGGCUUCAUUGGACUAAUUGUCCUCAUCAUGAUGCACAAUCAUUGGAGUGGAAGUCUACUAGGUUUUGCCAUGGCUUGCUCCAAUACUUUUGGACUUGUUACUGGGGCAUUUCUUCUUGGGUUUGGUUUGAGUGAAAUUCCAAAGGGACUUUGGAGAAAUGCAGAUUGGACUACGCGUCAAAAAGUACUUUCUCAUAAAAUUGCUAAAAUGGCUGUCAAACUUGAUGACGCUCAUCAAGAACUUUCAAAUGCUAUUGUGGUCGCCCAGGCAACAUCCACACAGAUGUCAAAGCGUGAUCCUUUAAGAUCCUACAUGGAUAUUAUUGACAAUAUGUUAGCUCAGCUGUUUAGAGAAGAUCCAUCCUUUAAACCACAAGGUGGCCGAUUAGGCGAAAAUGAUAUGGACUAUGAUACUGAUGAAAAAUCAAUGGCUACACUUCGGCGUCAUCUCCGGAGAACCAAGGAAGAGUAUUACCGGUACAAAAGUGAGUAUAUGACCUAUGUUACAGAGGCCCUUGAACUUGAAGAUACAGUAAAGAAUUACGAACGCCGCAGUUCUACUGGAUGGAAAUUUAUUUCAAGCUUCAGACCUACACGAUCUGGAAGAUUUGGACCUUCCAUCGAUACAAUAGAAUUCUUGUGGCGCUGUAUAGUUAGAAAACAACUUGAGAAAGUUUUGGCUAUCCUACUCGGUAUCAUUUCAGCCGCAAUUCUUUUAGCUGAAGCAACACUACUUCCUAGAGUUGAUCUAUCUCUUUUCUCUAUUCUCAUCAAUGCUGUUGGAAAGCAAGAGGUUCUUGUGCAGGUAUUUGCUUUUGUUCCUCUGAUGUAUAUGUGCAUCUGCACAUACUAUUCCUUGUUCAAAAUUGGCAUGUUGAUGUUUUACUCAUUAACACCCAGGCAAACAAGCUCGGUUAACUUGCUUAUGAUAUGCUCGAUGGUCGCUCGUUAUGCUCCUCCAGUUUCUUACAACUUUCUCAACCUCAUUCGUCUUGGUGAUCAAAAAACUAUAUUUGAAAAGAAAAUGGGAAACAUUGAUCAAGCUGUCCCAUUCUUUGGGAGUGAGUUUAACAGAAUCUAUCCACUUAUCAUGGUUGUGUACACCCUGCUGGUUGCUAGCAAUUUCUUUGACCGCAUAAUUGAUUUUUUCGGGAGCUGGAAGCGAUUUAAAUUUCAAACCGAAGUUGAUGAUACAGAUGGUUUCGAUCCAUCUGGAUUAAUAAUUUUGCAAAAAGAACGAACUUGGGCGGAACAAGGUUGCAAAGUUGGGGAGCAUGUCAUUCCCUUGGCUAGGAAUUUCAAUGGCGCGGAUGUCGAGUCUGGAAGCAAUAUCAUGGAAAUGAAAACAACAACUAAUUUAAUGACUGAUGCUGGAAGUGGAACUCCCUCAAAGUCAGUGACAGAAGAAUCUCGUAGAUAUAGCUCAAGCAAAGAAGCCAUCUCGAGCAAGUAUGCUGCCAUUAGAGAGCAGAGCAGACAAGGGUCAUUCAAUAAAAAUCCGGAGAAGAAUAUUAUUGCUUCCGCCAAGGUCUCAUUGCUUGAUGCAGCUAACCCUGAUAACACAAUAGAAGGGUCGCCUACUGGCUUGGCCUCAAAGUGGGUAUCCAUGAAAAAUGGUUUUCAAAAUUUCAAAGCCAACAUAGCAGCCAAAAAAUUUAUUCCCCUGCGCCAAGUUCAAGAAACUGUAGAUAUGUCACGUGGUUCUUCUUCCGAGUCUCUUGAUGAUAUAUUUCAGAAACUGAAACGGCCCCCUUCAGACCAUGUGGGCUAUGAUGAUGAGGAUGGAGAUGGCAUGUAAGUGCAUCGACCUACUAGAUGAUACUUGCAAUCUAUUGUGGGCGAUGAGCUUGUCGCUGUUGAACUGGAAAUAUGAGCCCAUAAAAUGUAUAGGUCCUACGGUGAGGGCUGAUAACAUUUGCCGGCAGCAAAAAUUUGGAUCCGCCAAGAGCAGUUUUGAGCCUGGUAAGAUAUGUUGUGAUACUGAUACCACAUACGUUUAGCAGCAGCUAGUUGAAGGACUCGGAACAUGUUGACAGGGAAAUUAGAACAUUUCAUUGAUAUGUAAAGGAAAAGAUGACAGCUGGGGAAUGUUGUAUGUGAAUUAUACAUGUAAUAUCAUUUGUUGCCAUUUGUUCCUCCAAUUUGGCAACCCAUUGGAAUUAAUUGAACAUUCGAGCAGAAUGCUCUUAAAGUU